AUGUUGAUUGUGGUUUCAGUUCCGCCUAAAAAGAAUAAAUCAUCAUCAUCAUCAAGUAGUCGUAGUCAACGUAAAAGUUCACGUAAAAAUACUAGUAGUAGAAAGUCCAAUAAUAAUAAUAAUAAUAAUGAUCAAUUAGUUUUAAAUGAUGAUCUACUGCAAAAUAUCGAUCAAUUGGAUGAUGCACUAAUUGAAUCAUUUGGUCGUGAUUAUUAUUUAUUUGUUAUUAAACAUUUAGAAACACAAGUAAAUGCUUAUGAAGAUUAUAUUCAAGAAUUAUCUAAAGAAAAUGAAAAACUUUUGACAAAGUAUUAUACCAGUGAUUUUGAAUGUCAAGAACAAUUUAAAAUGUUGAAUAAACUGUUUCAAGAGCGAAUCAAUGAAGCAGCUGAUUUAACUGAACGUAUACAAGCUAUGCAAUGUGUUUUUAAAACAAAUCUUGAUAAAUGGAAAGCUAGAGAAAAUGAAUUAGAAAUGUUAAAGAAAUCUACUGAAGAAACAAUGAAAGCAGAAAAUAUAGCUAUUGCUAAUCAAUUAGCUUCACUUGAAGAAUUUCGAUUAAAUCGUGAAGUUCUUUGGAGACAUUAUUAUAAUUUAGAAUCUACACUAAAUGAGUUAAGAAAUGAACAUAAGUUAGCUAUGGAAAAUUUACUGGAGAGAGAUCUAGCCUACAGAGGACGAUUGAAAAAAGUUACCAAAUUGAAAAUUAAUGAGGUUGCUUCGGAAUUUCGUUCUGUUUCAUUUCAACGAACAGAACCAACUAUCAAACGUAUGCUUGCUGAAAAUGUUUCGAUUGAAGGUCAAUUAGUGAAACUUUCAGUGGCUAUAGCUGAUAUAAGCCGAGAAAAUGUUGAUUUAUUGACAGAAUUUUAUAACUUAACUGAAGAACAAACAAAUUUAGAAAAAGAACAAAUUUUAUUAAGUACUCGUAAUUCAGCUAUACUGAAAGUAUCUCAUUUAUUAUCAAUUUUUCAAGCGAAACUUGACCAGAAAAUUAAAGAAGCUGAUGAAAAGAAUAAAAUUUAUUUGAAUUUAAACAAUAAAUGUAAUGAGUUAGAACAUGAAAAACAGCUAUUAAAUACAAAAGUUGAAGAAUUAAUAGACCAACGGGAUCAGAUGUUGAGUGACUUACAUAAAAUCAAUAAAAUCUCAGUAGAUUGUUCCAAUUCAAUUCAUCAUUUAACCGAAUGUAUUGCUUAUGCAGCUGAUUGCAUUCAAACAAUGUUAUCUACUCAUGUGAAUCAAUCAUUGAGCGAAACUUGUCAACCAGCUGAAGAUACUACUACUACUGAUCAAUUAGAGAAUGGAAAUACAAAUGAAAUUUUGUUUAAAUUAUAUGAUAAAUUAAAUUCAACUGAUUGUAUCAUGAAUAAAUAUGAUACAAUACUCUUAGAUUUUUAUGAUAAUGAAAAUGAAAUUCAAGAAACAACCAUAGCAGAGCCUAAUAAUGAUAAUUUAUCUGAUAUUAGUGAACCUAAUUAUCAAUUGGAUAUUGAUGAAACUAUGCCAAUAUCAGAACCGGAAGAUGUUGAUGAAAAGAAUGAAAAUAUCUAUCUAGAUUGUAGAAAAUCAAUGAUCAGUACAAAAUUAGAAAGCAUGGAAAGAUUGGAUAAAAUAUGGUCACAAAUUAAUACUUCUUAUUUACAAUCAUAUAAUCCAGCUUCAAAUGAAUGGAAAGAAAUUUUAAAUAUUUUAGCAAAAAAUCAAAUAAAUUGGAUUGAAUGUUUAAAGAACACACCAAUUGAUUUACAUGGUGGUUAUUUGAAACCAGGUGAUUUGAAAUUUAUUCCACCGCCAUCAUUGAAAAUCUUAUCCAAGAAGGAGUAUAUGAGUUCAUUGAGAAAAAGAGAAAGAAUUGCAAGUUGUAGACGCAAAUUAACUGAUAAUAUUCCAGAUUACAGUAAUGAAAGCCGAUCCAAAUCAAUUGGAGUUCAAACUCGUAUUCAAUCGAAAAGCAAGUUACGUUUUGAAUAA